AUGACUCAUAAAAUAGAUGAUAUCGUGGACACUGAGGAAGGUUAUCUGAAAUUGCAGCAGGACAUUGAUCAGUUGGAUAAAUCUGCUGAGAAAUGGCAAAUGGAGUUUAAUAUAGUUAAGUGUGAGCUCUUGCAUUUUCAAAAGUCAAAUCAAGACAGGAGUUUCAUGGUGAAUGAUAGGGCCUUGAUUGUGAACCGACACGGGCCCGAGGCAGACAGACACUUAUUACGCUGUCUAUUCUCGCACGUGGAUUUCAGUGGCGAUGGUAAAAGUAGCGGCAAAGAUUUCCAUCAGACUCAGUUUCUGAUUCAAGAGUGUGCGUCCCUGAUUACUAAGCCAAACUUUAUCUCGACGCUGUGCUACGCCAUUGACAAUCCGUUGCACUAUCAGAAGAGCCUGAAGCCUUCACCCCAUCUGUUUACUCAGCUCAGUAAAGUGCUCAAGUUAAGCAAGGUCCAAGAGGUCAUCUUUGGCCUUGCAUUGCUGAAUUCUUCUAGCUCAGAUCUGCGGGGGUUUGCUCUCCAGUUCGUGAAACAGAAACUUCCCGAUCUUCUGCGAUCUUACAUCGACGCAGACGUAAGCGGGAACCAAGAAGGUGGCUUUCAGGAUAUUGCAAUAGAAGUCCUACACCUGCUCCUCUCCCAUUUGCUGUUUGGGCAAAAGGGAGCUUUUGGUGUUGGACAGGAACAAAUUGACGCUUUUCUUAAGACCUUGCGCAGAGAUUUUCCGCAAGAGCGUUGUCCUGUGGUGCUUGCACCACUGCUAUAUCCUGAAAAACGGGACAUUCUGAUGGAUAGAAUCCUGACAGAUUCGGGAGGGAUAGCGAAAACGAUGGACAGCUCACUGGCAGACUUUAUGCAAGAAGUAGGCUACGGCUUUUGUACAAGUGUUGAAGAAUGCCGCCAAAUAAUUUUGCAGUUUGGGGUUCGGGAUGUGACUGCAUCUCAGGUUGCCAGGGUGCUGGGAAUGAUGGCUCGGACGCAUUCAGGCCUGACCGAUGGCAUUUCUUUACAAUCUAUAUCAGCCCCUAGUAGUGGAAUCUGGAGUGAUGGGAAGGAUAAAAGUGACUCAGCACAAGCUCAUACCUGGAAUGUAGAAAUAUUUAUUGAUGUUGUGAAAGAAGUGAAUCCAAACCUAAAUUUUAAAGAAGUGACUUAUGAACUGGAUCACCCAGGAUUCAUCCUUCGCGACAGCAAAGGUCUACAGAUAGCUGUGUAUGGCAUCCAGAAGGGGAUGGGGAUUGAAGUCUUUCCUGUUGAUCUCAUCUAUAGGCCUUGGAAGCAUGCAGAAGGACAGCUAUCGUUUAUUCAGCAUUCAUUAAUGAACCCAGAUAUCUUCUGUUUUGCUGACUACCCAUGUCAUACUGUGGUGACAGACAUCUUGAAAGCUCCUCCAGAGGAUGAUAACCGAGAAAUUGCUACAUGGAAAAGCCUGGACCUUAUUGAGACCCUACUACGUCUUUCAGAGCUGGGACAGUAUGAGCAGGUCAAACAACUCUUUAACUUCCCAAUCAAGCACUGCCCGGACAUGCUGGUACUGGCCUUACUGCAGAUUAACCCAACCUGGCACACACUGCGCCAUGAGCUCAUUUCCACACUGAUGCCAAUUUUCCUGGGCAAUCAUCCAAAUUCUGCCAUUAUCUUGCACUAUGCAUGGCACGGACAGGGUCAAUCCCCAUCGAUCCGACAGCUGAUCAUGCAUGCAAUGGCAGAGUGGUACAUGCGUGGUGAGCAGUAUGACCAGGCCAAGCUCUCACGCAUUCUUGAUGUAGCUCAAGACUUGAAGGCCUUGUCUAUGCUGCUAAAUGGUACUCCGUUUGCCUUUGUUAUUGAUCUUGCUGCACUUGCAUCUCGCCGAGAAUACCUCAAACUUGAUAAAUGGUUAACUGAUAAAAUUCGCGAGCAUGGGGAACCAUUUAUCCAGGCAUGUGUGACGUUCCUAAAGAGGCGUUGUCCUUCCAUUAUGGGUGGACUGGCCCCAGAAAAGGAACAGCCCAAGAGUGCUCAACUCCCUCCAGAAACACUGGCCACCAUGUUGGCUUGCUUACAAGCCUGUGCAGGGAGUGUUUCACAGGAGCUGUCAGAGACCAUUCUCACAAUGGUGGCCAACUGUGGCAAUGUCAUGAACAAGGCCCGUCAGCCGCCACCUGGAGUAAUGCCCAAGGUCCGCGCACCUAGUACCAGCAGUAUAGAAACCAUGUCACCUGUACAGGUACAAAUAAUUGACCCAUUGUCUGGCAUGGCUUCGUUGACUAUUGGUGGAUCAGCAGCAUCGCUCACUCCAAGUAUGCAGGGUUUUACUACUAAUCUGAGUUCUGCAUUCAACACCCCUCAAUCACCAGCAAAAGCCUUUCCACCACUCUCUACACCAAAUCAGACAACUCCUUUCAGUGGAAUUGGCAGUCUUCCUUCUCAGCUCCCAGGUAGUUUGGGUACAGGGAGUUUGAGUGGUAUGGGAACUGGUGGACUUGCACUACCAACUGUGAACACUGACCCCUUUGGACAGAGAAAGAUGAGCACAUCUGGACUGAACCCACAGACAUUCCAGCAGAGUAAGAUGAAACCUUCUGACCUCUCUCAGGUUUGGCCAGAGGCAAAUCAGCACUUUAGCAAGGAGAUUGAUGAUGAAGCAAAUAGCUACUUCCAGCGUAUCUACAACCAUCCACCCCACCCUACCAUGUCUGUUGAUGAGGUUUUGGAAAUGCUGCAGAGGUUUAAGGAUUCCAACAUUAAACGUGAAAGAGAAGUGUUUAACUGUAUGCUACGCAACCUCUUUGAGGAGUAUCGCUUCUUCCCCCAGUACCCAGAUAAAGAGCUGCACAUCACCGCCUGCCUGUUUGGUGGAAUUAUCGAAAAGGGGCUGGUCACCUAUAUGGCAUUGGGACUUGCACUGCGCUAUGUUCUUGAAGCUUUGCGCAAACCUUUUGACUCCAAGAUGUACUACUUUGGUAUUGCUGCACUAGACAGAUUUAAAAAUAGAUUGAAGGAUUAUCCGCAGUAUUGUCAGCACUUGGCUUCUAUUGGCCACUUCUUACAGUUUCCUCAUCAUUUACAGGAGUACAUUGAGUAUGGCCAGCAAUCCAGAGACCCUCCUGUGAAAAUGCAAGGUAGCAUCACAACUCCUGGCAGUAUUGCAUUGGCUCAGGCACAGGCUCAAGCACAGGCUCAGAACAAGACCCCUCUCACCAGACAAGUCAGCGCCAUAGUAACCACGUCCACAACCACUACCGUUACCAAAGCCACUACAGUUACCAGGCCGAGUGGAGUGAGCUUUAAGAAAGAUGUCCCACCCUCCAUCAAUACAACUAACAUCGAAACAUUGUUGGUGGCCACAGACCAGGCAGAGAGAAUAGUAGAGCCACCAGAGAAUAUUCAAGAAAAAGUGGCUUUUAUCUUCAACAACCUGUCGCAAUCCAACAUGACACAAAAGGUGGAAGAGUUAAAAGAGACAGUGAAAGAUGAGUUUAUGCCCUGGGUAUCCCAGUAUUUGGUCAUGAAGAGAGUUAGCAUUGAACCUAAUUUUCACAGUCUGUACUCCAACUUUAUGGACACAUUGAAGAAUUCAGAUUUUAACAAAAUGGUACUCACUGAGACUUACAGGAACAUUAAGGUAUUGUUGACCUCUGACAAGGCUGCGGCAAACUUUUCAGAUCGGUCAUUGCUGAAGAAUCUUGGCCAUUGGCUAGGCAUGAUCACCUUAGCCAAAAAUAAGCCCAUCUUGCACAUUGAUCUGGAUGUGAAGUCGUUGCUGCUGGAGGCUUAUGUGAAAGGUCAGCAGGAGAUGCUCUAUGUUGUCCCCUUUGUUGCCAAAGUUUUAGAGUCCAGCGUUAGGAGUAUGGUUUUUCGGCCCCCAAAUCCUUGGACAAUGGCCAUCAUGAAUGUACUAGCAGAGUUGCAUCAAGAGCAUGAUUUGAAGUUAAACCUGAAGUUUGAAAUUGAGGUGCUGUGUAAAAAUCUCGCUUUGGACAUCAACGACUUGAAGCCAGGAACUUUACUAAAGGACAAAGAAAAAUUGACAAACCUAGAGGAACAGCUUUCUGCUCCAAAAAGAGAAUCCAAAAUACCAGAGGAGUUGCCUGUAGUUGUCACCACUGCUGCACCAGUGACUCCAGCCACAACCACCACGUGUACAUCCACAGUCCCUCCACAACCACAGUUCAGCUACCACGACAUCAAUGUGUAUUCAUUGGCUGCUUUGGCUCCUCAUAUUACAGUCAACCCAAAUAUUCCAUUAUUCCAAGCCCACCCUCAGCUGAAGUCGUACGUCCGGCAGGCAAUAGAGCGUGCUGUGCAGGAGCUUGUUCAUCCUGUUGUUGACCGUUCCAUCAAGAUUGCCAUGACCACAUGUGAACAGAUAGUCAGGAAAGAUUUUGCUCUGGAUUCUGAGGAGUCACGGAUGCGAGUUGCAGCCCAUCACAUGAUGCGUAACCUCACCGCAGGAAUGGCUAUGAUUACAUGCAGGGAGCCAUUAUUAAUGAGCAUAGCUACAAACCUAAAGAAUAAUUUUGCCACUGCAUUACGGACUGCUUCUCCACAACAAAGGGAAAUGAUGGAGCAAGCAGCAGCACAGAUAGCACAAGACAACUGCGAGCUGGCCUGUUGCUUUAUUCAGAAAACAGCUGUUGAAAAAGCGGGUCCUGAAAUGGACAAACGCCUUGCCACAGAAUUUGAACUUCGGAAGCAUGCUAGGCAGGAGGGUCGUCGUUACUGUGAUCCUGUGGUGCUCACUUACCAGGCUGAGCGCAUGCCUGAACAAAUCAGAUUGAAGGUGGGAGGUGUAGAUCCCAAGCAACUAGCUGUGUAUGAAGAAUUUGCACGCAAUAUCCCAGGCUUUCUUCCCAGUAAUGACAUUUCACAGCCAACUGGUUUCUUGGCCAAGCCCAUGCAGCAAGCUUGGGCAACUGACGAUAUCGCACAGAUUUAUGACAAGUGCAUCACUGAACUGGAGCAGCACCUACAUGCAAUUCCACCAACUCUGGCCAUGAACCCUCAGACUCAGGCACUUCGUAACUUACUGGAGGCUGUGGUAAUGGCCAGGAACUCCCGUGACGCUAUUGCUGCUCUAGGCCUCUUGCAGAAGGCUGUAGAGGGACUGCUAGAUGCCACAAGUGGUGCAGACCCAGACCUCCUGCUUCGUUAUCGUGAAUGCCAUUUGUUGGUUUUGAAAGCCCUGCAGGACGGUCGUGCUUAUGGAUCACAGUGGUGUAAUAAUAAAAUCACCAGGUGCCUGAUUGAGUGUCGUGACGAAUACAAAUACAAUGUGGAUGCUGUGGAAUUGCUCAUUCGGCACCAUCUGGUCAACAUGCAGCAGUAUGACAUCCAUUUAGCCCAGUCAAUGGAAAAUGGCUUGAACUAUAUGGCCGUAGCCUUCGCCAUGCAGUUGGUUAAGUUUCUGUUGGUCGAUGAGAGGAGCAUUAGUCACGUAACUGAAGCCGACCUGUUCAAUACCAUUGAAACACUUAUGAGGAUCAGUGCUCAUUCCAGAGGGAAUGCACCUGAAGGAUUGCCACAGCUUAUGGAUUUGCUUCGAGCUAACUACGAAGCUAUGAUGGAUCGCGCACACGGUGGCCCCAACUUUAUGAUGCACUCUGGGAUAUCCCAGGCCUCUGAAUACGAUGACCCACCAGGUCUUCGAGAAAAAGCUGAGUAUCUGCUGAGAGAGUGGGUAAACCUCUAUCACUCUGCAGCAGCUGGACGGGACAGCACCAAAGCGUUCUCUGCCUUUGUUGGGCAGAUGCACCAGCAGGGAAUCCUCAAGACCGAUGACCUGAUUACUCGCUUUUUCCGACUAUGUACUGAAAUGUGUGUUGAAAUCAGUUACCGUGCACAACAGGAGCAGCAGCACAAUCCUACAGCCAAUCCCACGAUGAUCAGGGCCAAGUGCUAUCACAACCUGGAUGCAUUUGUCAGGCUAAUAGCCCUGCUGGUCAAGCAUUCUGGAGAGGCCACCAACACAGUCACAAAAAUUAACCUUCUCAACAAGGUACUGGGGAUUGUUGUUGGAGUACUACUACAAGAUCACGAAGUACGUCAGAGUGAAUUUCAGCAGCUGCCAUAUCAUCGAAUCUUCAUCAUGUUGUUGCUAGAGCUAAAUGCCCCUGAGCAUGUGCUGGAAACGAUCAACUUCCAGACACUGACUGCUUUCUGCAACACAUUUCACAUCUUGCGGCCUACUAAAGCUCCUGGCUUUGUCUAUGCUUGGCUGGAACUAAUUUCCCACCGGAUCUUCAUUGCGAGAAUGCUGGCGCAUACACCCCAACAGAAGGGCUGGCCCAUGUAUGCCCAGCUGUUGAUCGAUCUGUUUAAGUUCCUGGCUCCUUACUUGAGGAAUGUGGAGUUGACAAAACCUAUGCAAAUUCUUUACAAGGGUACACUGCGUGUCUUGCUUGUCCUUUUGCAUGACUUUCCAGAGUUCCUUUGUGACUACCAUUAUGGCUUCUGCGAUGUGAUCCCGCCAAACUGUAUUCAGCUGCGAAACCUGAUCCUGAGUGCCUUCCCACGGAACAUGCGACUGCCAGACCCAUUCACACCGAAUCUAAAGGUGGAUAUGCUGAGUGAAAUCAACAUUGCUCCUCGGAUAUUGACCAACUUCACAGGAGUGAUGCCACCUCAGUUUAAGAAGGACUUGGAUUCCUAUUUGAAGACGCGGUCACCGGUCACCUUUCUCUCAGAGUUGCGCAGUAACCUGCAGGUGAGCAGGACAAGGGUAUCAAACGAACCUGGUAAUCGGUAUAACAUCCAGCUAAUAAAUGCCCUGGUGUUGUAUGUGGGGACGCAGGCGAUUGCUCACAUCCAUAACAAGGGCAGCACACCAUCCAUGAGCACGAUCACACACUCUGCCCACAUGGACAUCUUCCAGAACCUGGCUGUCGACCUUGACACAGAAGGUCGGUACUUGUUCCUGAAUGCGAUUGCCAAUCAGUUGCGUUACCCAAACAGCCACACUCACUAUUUCAGCUGCACUAUGCUGUAUCUGUUUGCUGAAGCCAACACAGAAGCUAUCCAGGAGCAGAUCACCAGGGUGCUGUUGGAGAGGCUGAUUGUAAACAGGCCUCACCCAUGGGGGCUCCUCAUCACCUUCAUUGAGCUGAUUAAAAACCCCGCCUUCAAAUUCUGGAACCACGAGUUUGUCCACUGUGCUCCUGAGAUUGAAAAGUUGCAGCUUAUACCUCUCUCCAAAUAUCUGACCCGAGCCCCAGGUUGUUCCAGUCUGUAGCUCAGUGCUGUAUGGGACAGAAACAGGCACAACAAGUAAUGGAAGGCACUGGCGCCAGUUAAAACAAUGAAGAAACGCCAUCUUGGACAUGCAACAUGGAAAAGAGUGAUGGGCAGCCUGUGUUUUUCUUGAAACUGACAUUGGUCGUGUAACUUGUUGGUUCUUCCAAUCCGAUGCAGUCAGCUGCAUGAGUCAGACAUAGGAACAGUAGUCAGUGAAGCACUGACUUCAUGUUGGACAUGUUUUAUUUUUCAUUUGUCACUUGGCCAAAAAAAAACAAAUGCUGUGAAUAUCAUUUGAAAUGAUAUAAAAAAAACAAUGUAAAUAAAAGGGAGUGCAACCUUAAACUGGACUAUCUCCAUCUGUGCAAAUUGUAUUAAACUGACUUUUACCCAAUUAUUCCUGUUGGCAGCUGAUGACAAUUGAAGCAUGUCUGGGACAGAUUGCCCCGCGCCUCACCCCACUGUCCAAAACUCCAGCCACGUCCCAAAUUUGUCCAGGAGCUGCUCUUUAUUCGAUGCAAUUUUCCCAGUUUUGAUUUUGGAGGUGGUUGAGGGGUUUGCUGAAGAGCAAUAUCAAUUUUUAUUUGUCCUCUUUCUAAUAUAUGUAAAGAAAAUAUUCUCCAGAGUGGUAUGGAGAUGCAGUAUGGUUUGCAAAAGAAGUUUUUAUUUUAAGUUUCUGAAGUUUUGGUCUUUAAGAUGAGCAGCUCCUUCUGUCCAUAAGCCAAAAGGGUGUGUCCCAGGCUGAGUGCAGCAUACACCAUGUUAAUGCGAAGGAAAACAAGAGGUUCUCCCUGAAUUCUGUAAAUUGUGGGAUAAAAAGAGCCAGUUUUGCGGCACGGAGUCGAUUAAGUUUGUAAAAAAGAAACCAAGGACCAAUACAGGCCAUUUUGUAAGGAUUUUGAAUGUUGUUUUGUAAAUGUAUUGGUCCAUGUGUUGUAUUUUGUAGUCUUUGUAGUUUCCUUGGCUCUAGUUCUGCCACUUAACACUCUUGUAUGUAAGCAUAUUGUAGUUAAUGCAUUAAAACCCAUGUCAUGCAGCAA